AUGACGAUCAAGGCCACCCUUCAUAUCAGCCUUGUGGCACUGUCUAUGGCAGGAAUAGCUACCUGCCAGAACAACACCAAUGGGCUAGCACAGCAGGUAUUCUCAGCGAUCGAUAGUCGCAACGCUCAGUUGAAAACCGUCAAUCAAGAGAUAUGGGCGAACCCAGAAACAGCCAUGGAAGAAGUCCAUGCUCAUGAGAUUUUGACCAAUUUCCUCGAAGACCAGGGUUUUACAGUAACCCGGUCGGCGUUUAACUUGAGUACAGCGUUUAAGGCCACCUACUCUAGUGGAGAAGGACGUUCAGUUUCCUUCAACGCCGAAUAUGAUGCUCUACCCGGUAUCGGUCAUGCUUGCGGGCACAAUCUCAUUGCAACGUCUGGUGUCGCUGCCGCGAUUGGUGUGAAAGAGGCUCUGGAGCAUCAAGGGGUCAGUGGAACUGUUGUUGUUCUAGGAACUCCCGCCGAGGAGAGCAUCGGAGGAAAAAUCAAAAUGUUGGAUGCCGGUGCUUACAAGGACUUGGACUGUAGCUUGAUGGCCCAUCCCGGAAACAACGCAUACGGGGCAUGGAGCAGAACUCUUGCUUCCUGGAGAGCCAAUGUUACCUGGACUGGAAAGGCAUCACAUGCUGCACUGGCUCCUUGGCAGGGACAAAAUGCCUUGGAUGGAUUUGUUGCUGCAUAUCAAAUGACGGGGCUAUACCGCCAGCAGCUUAUGUCAACCGAUCGAAUUCACCACGUCAUCCAAAACACAAACAAUCUCGUCACGAAUGUUAUUCCGGACAGGGUAGAAAGUGAAUGGGGCGUCCGUGGCACCAAUCGGGCUCGACAGGCUGCCGUCAUUGAGCAGUUGAACUCCAUUGUGAAUGGCUCUGCUAGUGGUACAAACACGACUGUUUUUCUCACCAAGGUCCAAGACUACUGGGACCAGAAUCCUAGCUUCCAACUAGCCAAGAACUACUAUGACCACCUGAUCGAGCACUUUGACCCAUCAAAAGACGAGUCUACUUCAAAAUUCAGCAUCUCAACUCCGGAAGAAGAAUAUAAGGCCGGAGGCAGCCCAUCGGCCUCAUCCGACCAGGGCAACGUUUCGUGGUUCCUGCCAUCCAUCCAAGUGGGAUUCCCCAUCGGUGGCAGCGCGCCGAAUCAUAACAGCGGAUUUACCAAGGUCGCCGGCACUGACUUCGCUUUCGAUCAAGCGAUCGUUACUGCCAAGGCUCUUGCUUUGACCGGUCUCGAAGUACUACAAAAUGCAACUUUCGCAGAGAAUAUGAAAAAGGAAUGGGAGGAAAUGAUUGCCAAAUUGCAAUUUUAG